UAAUGAUCUACAGUGAUUUGUUUAAUGACUGCAGCCAGAACUGAUGUUGUAAGUCAGCACAUUCACGUGACAUCGCCUUUAUAUUUUUAUUUAUAUAUCCAGUUUAUUCCCCACCCAUCUCACUCGGAGAGCAACUUAAUGACCGAGGUCUUAGUGACAGAGUUGCCGGUCCCAAUUGCAGUCAGAAAGGAGGACUACCUGUAUUGUAUGGUGAUGUCCCCAGAGUGGUUGUGGACAGUAUUUUCUGCUCUUUUCUUAUUUGGAGCUGAGGAGUUGAAUGGACAAAACUGGUGCUUUAAACCUUGCAGAGGCUUUGGACACCAUUUUAUCUGUUAAAGCCCCCCAGCCCUCUAAAAGUAGCCCCAAAAGUUUGACCAUACCCACUUGCGGAACAUUUUGCAGGCUGAAAUACACAUGGAUUUUCUACAUACAUCCAUUCGUAGGUGUGUGUAUCUGUAUUUCUCUCUGUGUGCAUGUAUGUGUAUGCGUAGAAUCUAUCCCCAGCAUUUCCAGAUAUCCGAGAUGAUACCCUUUAAGUGCUAAGAAUCUGUGAUUGACCCAAGCCAGCAAGUGAAUUUCAGGAUUUCAACUUGGAUCUCGCUAGUCUUCUGUGUGGCAAAUGAAUCAUAAUGAAUGUUAGAGACAAAAAGGAUGCCAAUAAGAGCCUGCUCGACAACCGAGAAUCACCAGCAGCAUUAAAAAGGAAAGCAAAUCAAGCCAGCAAUCAAACCUUUUCCACUUUCUCCAGAGAACCCCAAAACUCUUCUUCCCCAGCAGGUGACAGACGAGGGAGAAAAAAACAGGAAGAGAGUUUUUGAGCUGGAAAAAAAUUGAAUAUGUGGAACUCAAAUAUUACAUGAAAAGGUCAAGGGGGAUAAUUUCCAAAUUCAGAAAAAGAGGGAAAUAUCUGGAAAUCAGUGUAUAGGAAGAGGUCAAUUGGAUAGCCACGUAGGGCAGACAAUAACGCAAGUCUCAACCUGUGAGGAAGAAAACAGUCGCUUGAAUCAAAGUACCACCAAACAAGGCAACAGAAAUAGUUUUGAUCUCGAGAAUCCAAGAAUAUCAGUGGUGGAAAAGCCUCACAGAGGUGUAUAUUGUGGGGAAAGCACAGAUUACAGAUGACAGCUGAUUAUGCAUGAGAGGACCCACACCGGCGAGAAGCCCUACCAGUGUUCUCGAUGUGCCAAAAGCUUUAGCAAGCACACCACCCUGGUGAAUCACAAGAGGACACACACCGGGGAGAAACCACAUGAGUGUCCAGAUUGUGGGAAAAGUUUCAUUCGGAAUUCCCACCUGGCGAUACACCAGAGGACUCACACAGGAGAGAAACCAUAUGAGUGUUCAGAUUGUGGGAAAAGUUUCAGUCGGAAAUCCAACCUGGCGAUACACCAGAGGACUCAUACAGGAGAGAAACCAUAUGAGUGUCCAGAUUGUGGGAAAAAUUUCAGUCAGAAUUCCAACCUGGUAAUACACCAGAGGACUCACACAGGAGAGAAACCGUAUGAGUGUCUGGAUUGUGGGAAAAGUUUCAGUUUGAAGUCCAGCCUGGUGAUACACCAGAGGACUCACACAGGAGAGAGACCGUAUGAGUGUCCAGAUUGUGGGAAAAGUUUCAUUUGGAAUUCCGAACUGGUGAUACACCAGAGGACACACACAGGAGAGAAACCAUAUGAGUGUCCAGAUUGUGGAAAAAGUUUCAGUCACAGUUCCAGCCUAGUCCAACACCAGAGGACUCACACAGGAGAGAAACCAUAUGAGUGUCCAGACUGUGGGAAAAGUUUCAGUCGGAAUUCCGAACUGGUAAUCCACCAGAGGACUCACACAGGAGAGAAACCAUAUGAGUGUCCAGAUUGUGGAAAAAGUUUCAUUCGGAAUUCCGACCUGGUGAGACACCAGAGGACACACACAGGAGAGAAACCAUAUGAAUGUCCGGAUUGUGGGAAAAGUUUCAGUCACAAUUCCAGCCUGGUGCAACACCAGAGGACUCACACAGGAGAGAAACCGUUUGAGUGUCCAGAUUGUGGGAAAAGUUUCAGUCGGAAUUCCGACCUGGUGAUACACCAGAGGACUCACACAGGAGAGAAACCGUAUGAGUGUCCAGAUUGUGGGAAAAGUUUCAGUCAGAAUACUAGCCUGGUGAAACACCAGAGGACUCACACAGGAGAGAAACCAUAUGAGUGUCCAGAUUGUGGGAAAAGUUUCAGUUUGAAGUCCAGCCUGGUGAUACACCAGAGAACUCACACAGGAGAGAAACCAUAUGAGUGUCCAGAUUGUGGGAAAAGUUUCAUUUGGAAUUCUGACCUGGUGAUACACCAGAGGACUCACACAGGAGAGAAACCGUAUGAGUGUCCAGAUUGUGGGAAAAGUUUCAGUCGGAAUUCCGAACUGGUGAUACAUCAGAGGUGUCACACAGGAGAGAAACCAUAUGAGUGUCCGGAUUGUGGGAAAAGUUUCAGUCACAAUUCCAGCCUGGUGCAACACCAGAGGACUCACACGGGAGAGAAACCGUAUGAGUGUCCAGCUUGUGGGAAAAGUUUCAGUCAGAAAUCCAACCUGGUGCAACACCAGAGGACUCACACAGGAGAGAAACCAUAUGAAUGUCCAGAUUGUGGGAAAAGUUUCAGUCGGAAUUCUGACCUGGUGCAACACCAGAGGACUCACACAGGAGAGAAACCGUAUGAAUGUCCAGAUUGUGGGAAAAGUUUCAGUCAGAAAUCCAACCUGGUGCAACACCAGAGGACUCACACAGGAGAGAAACCAUAUGAGUGUCCGGAUUGUUGGAAAAGUUUCAGUUUGAAGUCCAACCUGGUGAUACACCAGAGUACUCACACAGGAGAGAAACCGUAUGAAUGUCCAGAUUGUGGGAAAAGUUUCAUUUGGAAUUCUGACCUUGUGAUACACCAGAGGACACACACAAGAGAGAAACCAUAUGAGUGUCCGGAUUGUGGGAGAAGUUUCAGUUUGAAGUCCAACCUGGUGAUACACCAGAGGACUCACACAGGAGAGAAACCGUAUGAAUGUCCGGAUUGUGGGAAAAGUUUCAGUCACAAUUCCAAACUGGUGAUACACCAGAGGAGUCACACAGGAGUGAAACCGUAUGAAUGUCUGGAUUGUGGGAAAAGUUUCAGUCGGAAUUCCGACCUGGUGAGACACCGGAGGAUUCACACAGGAGAGAAACCGUAUGAAUGUCCAGAUUGUGGGAAAAGGUUCAGUCAGAAUUCCAAACUGGUGAUACACCAGAGGAGUCACAGAGGAGUGAAACCGUAUGAAUGUCCAGAUUGUGGGAAAAGUUUCAGUUUGAAGUCCCACCUGGUGAUACACCACAGAACUCACACAGGAGAGAAACCGUAUGAGUGUCCAGCUUGUGGGAAAAGUUUCAGUCAGAAAUCCAACCUGGUGAUACAUCAGAGGACUCACACAAGAGAGAAACCGUAUGAGUGUCCGGACUGUGUGAAAAGUUUCAUUUGGAAUUCCGACCUGGUGAUACACCAGAGGACUCACAUAGGAGAGAAACCGUAUGAGUGUCCAGAUUGUGGGAAAAGUUUCAUUUGGAAUUCCCACCUGGUGAUACACCAGAGGACUCACACAGGAGAGAAACCAUAUGAGUGUCCGGACUGUGGGAAAAGCUUCAGUUUGAAGUCCAGCCUGGUGCAACACCAGAGGACUCACACAGGAGAGAAACCGUAUGAGUGUCCAGAUUGUGGGAAAAGUUUCCUUCGGAAUUCCGAACUGGUGAUACACCAGAGGACACACACAGGAGAGAAACCGUAUGAGUGUCCAGAUUGUGGGAAAAGUUUCAGUACUAGGUCUGUCCUUAUAAAUCAUGUAGGUUUACACAUAGGAGAGAAACCAUUCAAAUGCCCAGACUGUGGACGGUGCUUCACACAAAAUUCCUACCUUAGCAGACACAAGAAAAUGCACAUGAGGCAGAAGGUGAUGAGUGUAGAGAAGGCUUGAAUUUCACUUCCCAUCUUCCAUUGGCCAUCCAGCUGAAAAGUCGGGUAUUUAUUUUCUGGGCUGAUUGUUUUUAGUCAAACAUGUCUCAGUAUGAGAGAUGAGGGAGGAGAGAAAAAAUGGAAAAUGUUAGUUUGAGAAAGGCUAACUACACGUUUCUGGCUAUCAGCAGAACUUCCCAGUAAGCUGUUGCAGGGCUUAAAAGAUAUAUGAAAAAAAGAUUGGAGCACUCAGAUUUUAUGAGAGAAGAUAUUAGGGACGUUUGUGGCAGUGACAUGAGCACUGUAAAGUUUCAGAUGGAAAGGCUGUUCUGCCUUGCAGUUGACCAUGAUGGAUAAGAGCUGUAGGAAUAUUGAGGAGAAAAGGCAUUGUGGUUUUUGAGUGCAGGAUCUUCAGGUUUAUGAACAGCCCCUGCUGUGAUCUUGUUUGCUUGGAGGUGUCUGCUUGUUAGCCUUUGAUGGCUGUGGGUAAUAGCAGUGCCAAGAGGCUGACCCUUUUGUUACAUCCCCCUUGGUGGUGGAGAUGGGAGGAAAGAAUUGCACAGUGGAAGAGGUUUCAUUUCUAGAAAUGCAUUGUGUAAGAACCAUUCAUGGCUUUUGAGAAGGAAAAAAACCGGGUAGUGUCAGCGUUGCUGUGAAUGUGGGGCCAAGG